AGCCAAGAGCAACAAACCCAAUCUUUUGUUUCCCGACAGCAUUGCACUCCUCUUCAUCUUUAACCUAAACAAUGUCACUCCCAAUACCAAAAUUAAGGUUAUGUCUUUCUUAUUCCAUGUCCAAGUUUUAUCCUUUUCUUCCAAACCCUUCUUCCUUCUCUUCCUUUCACUUACACUAUCACUCUCAGCCUCCUUCACCUGACCAUGACAAUGUUCACGACGUCGUCUCUCAAUUUCGUCGCAUGUUUCAUAUGCGUCCUAUUCCUCCCAUCUACGCAUUUGGGCAGAUUUUGGGAUCUCUUACAAGGAUGAAACACUAUUCUACAACUAUUUCCCUUUUUAAGCAAAUGGAGCUCAAUGGAAUUAAGAGUCAUCUUGUCAUUCUCAACAUCGUCAUCAAUUGUUUCUGCCACUUAGGCCAGAUGCCCUUCUCUUUCUCUAUUCUUGCCAAGAUUCUCAAACGAGGUUAUCAUCCAAGUGUCAUAACCUUAAAUACCCUCAUGAAAGGUCUCUGUCUCAAUGGUGAGGUCAAGAAAGCACUUACCUUUCGUGACAAGGUAGUAGCACAAGGAUUUCUACUGAACGAGUUUAGUUACGGGACUUUGAUCAAUGGUUUGUGCAAGAUAGGAGAA